AUGAUCCAGGGCGCCUUGGAGACCAGUGGACCCCUCUGGGGCUGGGAUGGGAACGGUGAAGAUGACUGGGGUGGUGCUGUGCUCACCCUGCUGGCUCUGGCUGUGGUGGCCGCCACAGCGCUGGCUCUGCACUGGUUUGGCUCCAGACAGGACCAGGAGGUGGUGAGACGGGAGCCAACAGCCCCCAGGGGCCAGCCUGCUCAGGUGGGAGCAGCCAGGCGGGGCCCGCAGCCCCAGUCCAAGUUCUGGGGCUUGGAGGGACAGAGCUCAGGGCCGGGGAAGCCAGAUUCUCCAGGAAGAGGCCAGGCGGCCCCUGCUCCAGCCGAAGCCCGCGACCAGGCGUCCCUGCGGGGCAGAAGUCUGGCCCUUCCUCCGCUCAGGACACCCAGCGAGGUGGCCAGCAGAGGGACCAUGCGACAGCAGCGUGACCCCAUCCCAGGAGCCCUGCGAGGGGACGGAAGUGAGCCUCCGAAGCCAGACGGUGACCUCCAGGCUAGAAGCAAAGCAAGGGGGACCCCCGCACCCCUCCUGAUCCACUUCACUCCUCGGAGUCCUGGAUGCGAAGCGGCGCUGCAGGUGGAUACCGGCGGCAUGGGCGCGCGGGGCAGAGGCCGGAGCGGCCGGCGGCGGCGCGGGGACACAGGCUUGGGGGACAGACGUGGCCGCCCUGCCAGGCCCGAUCCCCUGCGCCUGGGCGCCGCCGCCAGCGUGUGGGACGCGGUGGACGCGGCUGCCGCCGCCCGGGGAACUCAGGGGGCGCGGGGACCCGAGGAGGGCUUGCCCUGGGUGAACCCUGGCUGCCCCCCAGGCCGGGGGAAUGCGUGGGCUGAGGCCUCAGGGCGGGUCGGGACCGAGAUGCACGGAGAUCCCUGUGUUGGGAAGCGAACGGGGUCCCCGAAAAGCGAGGACAACAAGCAGGCAGCCCAGGGGUCCUUUUUCUUGGUUACACAUGUACAUUUUUAUUCUUUAGCUUUAUUUGAAGGUAGACGCAUCGAAUUUGCAGAACAAAUAAAUAAAAUGGAGGCUAGGCCUAGAAGACAAGCAAUGAAGGAAAAAGAGCAUCAGGUGGUACGUCAUGAAGAACAGAAGGCGGAGCAGGAAGAGGGUAAGGUGGCUCAGCGAGAGGAAGAGUUGGAGGAGACAGGUAAUCAGCACAAUGAUGUAGAAAUAGAGGAAGCAGGAGAGGAAGAGGAAAAGGAAGUAGGACUAGUUCAUAGUGAUGCAGAGAAAGAGCAGGAAGAGGAGGAACAGAAACAGGAGAUGGAGGUUAAGGUGGAGGAGGAAACUGAGGUAAGAGAGAGUGAGAAGCAGCAGGAUAUUCAGGCUGAAGAAGUGAUGGAUGUGCUAGAGAUGGUAGAGAAUGUCAAAAAUGUAAUUGCUGAGCAGGAGGUAAUGGAAACUAAUCAAACUGAAAGUAUGGAGCCUUCAGAAAAUGAAACUAGCAAAGAAUUGGAGCCAGAGGUGGAGUUUGAAGUUGAGCCAGAUAAAGAAUGUAAAUCUCUUUCUCCUGGAAAAGAGAACAUUAGUGCUGUAGAAAUGGAAAAGGAGUCUGAAGAAAAAGAAGGAAAAGAAUCUGAGCCUCAACUUGAGCCUGUGGCUCAGCCUCAGCCCCUCCCUCAACCUCAGUCUCUGCCCCUCCCUCAGCCCCAGUCUCAGCCCCAGCCCCAACCCCAGCCUACCAGGAAGGGCAGAUUUUAA